AUGGAUCAGCCUAAUGUCCUCGCCCGAGGACCAUAUAAUCCGUUGAUCAACCCGGCUCAUUCGAAACCUGCAUUGGUGGAACAACAUGUCGAGGAUCAGCACCACAUCCUCUUCUCGCGGCCCCUCUUAGGCGCGCUGCUCUUUGAAAAUACGAGUUCCGAUGCCCGCGACCACUGCGCCAACGAGCGCACUUUUCUCUCAUGGCUGCGCUUGUCCAUGUACUUGGCAGUCGUCUCCCUCGCGAUCAUCAUCUCGUUCCAUUUCCGGGAGCAGCCCUCUGGUCUGGAGCGGCGCAUGGCUCUUCCCCUCGGCAUUAUCUUCUGGUUACUAAGCUUGACCUGUCUCGCUAAUGGGUUCUUCAACUACGCUCGAACCGUCAUGAAGUACAGCCGCAAGGCAGCUCUUGUCCAAAGUGGGUGGAAAACUCAGGUCGUCUUUACAGUGGUGGGCACGGUGAUCCUGGGCAGUUGUAUUCUCUUUCUGUCAACGGACCGAAACGGCUGA